UAUAUGAAGUAUUAACUUUUUGGUAUGGUUAUUAUUUGUACCAAGGUAUUGGUAGUGAUAUAGAUAAAGAAAAGGCAUCAAAAUUAUAUAAAAUUGCAGCCGACAAAGGUGUUGCAUCUCAAUUGCGCUAUGCGUUUUCAUUAAUUGAUGGGGAAAAUACAAUAAAUGAGGAAGUUAGAACAAAUUUUAUUACUUAUCUUUCUAAGUCUGCUGAUAAUGGUAACCAUUUGGCUCAAUAUAAUUUAGAAAAACUUUUUUAUUUUGGUAAACUGAAUGUUCCAGUAGAUAAAGAAAAGGGUAAAAAAUUUUUAAUAAUAGCAGCUAAGAAUAAUAAUUCAGAAGCUAUAGAUUUGUGUAGAGAAGAAAAUAUUAGUUGGGAAAAAAUUAAUUGGGAUGAUUCGGCGACCGAGAUGAAUCCGUGGGAUUUAAUUUAUGCAGAAAUAUGUAAAAAAUCCUAUUGUACCAAAAUCGUUGCUACCUAUCUUUCUUGCCUAGAUGCCAAGGAUAAGUCGAUUCUUUACAACAAUAAUGAUAAUAGCAUUUUGCUACCACAUUUCCUCAAUACUACAACCACCUUUGAUUAUGUUUGCUACCUAAGAUCUUAUUCUAAGAAAAAUAUUGACCAAAUAAUAGAAAGUUGGAUUAAUAACAUUACUAAAGACUUAACUCUUCAGGAACAGGCUAUUUGUUUACUGAAAAGUUCCAUUUCUUUGGCUCUAGAAAAAAUGAUUUUAAAGAAAUGCAAGAUAAUUCGCAACAUACAUAUCGUUGAAACAGGAACUAUCUCUUUUUUAAAUCCACAAAUUGAUACGAUUUGCACUUGGGAAAACUUAGAAUUUUGCUUGUUGGAACUUAAUGUUGUUACAAAAGUUAUUGAUUUUAAGAAAAUACUUAAGCAGAUUUUUCAUCAUAGUGCUAAACUAAAAAGUUUAGAUUUUUUGAUUGCCAGAUAUCAUUCUAGCAUUUUUGAUCUCCUAAAUGGUUUGGUGCAAAUGCAGGAUAAAAUUCAAAAAAUUAGUCUCGAGACGUACACUUACAAUCCUCGGCUUUUAAUAACAGCUUAUUCUAAUUUAGUUAAUCAGCAAAAGAAUUUAAGAAGUUUUAAAUUUAUAGCUAAUGCAUAUUCCUUCUAUCAGGAUCUUUCUACUCAUCGUUCUGGUUUGGUAGAAAUUGAUAACUUCAAUUUUGCUGCUGACAACUUAAUGAAAAUAGUAUUAAAUAUAGUAAAAGUUACUCCAGAACUACUAGCCAAAUUAAGUCAAUUACCUAAUCUCGAGGUUUUACAAAUCAAAUACUGUGCUAUCCAAGAAGAGCUUGACUAUACCGCUUGCCAAGGCAAAUUCUACAAAUUACAUGACUUAGAGCUAUUCUAUAAUGGAAGAUUGGAAAAAAUACUGUUUACUAGUUAUGAUUUCAGUUUCUUGCAAACUCUUAAUUUAUCAGAAACCAAUAUAGAUCAUAAAGUUUUACUGGAAAAAUUAGGACCAUGGCUGUACAAGUUUCCGAAGCUCAAAAGAUUAACUUUGUCUUUAGGUUUUCCUAAAUGUUUAUCAGAUCUAAAAAAAGUGUUUGCCUCGAACUCGCAAUUAACUCAUUUAAUUUGUAAUAGAUUAAUUAAAAAUACAUCUGACAGUGGUUGUUGCCUAGAACAAGUAUAUACCUACAAAGAAUUUGAAAAAGAAGAAUUAGACACAAUUGAGUAUUUUCGCCAAAAGAAUGUGACUAUUAUCAUAAAAGGUUAUGCAACCAUUUAUA